GUAAUUGCGACAAGCCGCCUUCUCCCGAUCUCCGGUUUUUUCAAAGAAGAAUGUCCGACGAAGCAAAACCGUCGUCCGGCGAGCACAAGUCAGGACGCGUGUACGAAGCAGCUCGAUCACUGCAUUCUACUGCUGUGAAAGAUCUGCUAUCUCUAGGGGUGUGCGAGAGGUGUAUUUUCCGAUUGGUAUCCGUCGAGCCUUUUGUUUCCGAUUUGUCGUCGGUCUCGGCGUCAACUCUGCGGAGCUGGCUAGAAUCCGGCGACGAGGAAGAUGCCUCAUCGGAAGAGUCCAGAGUCUGCAUUGUCUGUUUAGGUGUAUUGCAGCUCGUUUUCUCCGAUGCCAAGCAAACGCUGGUGAGAUCGGAGUGUGGUAGUGAUUACGCCGCAAGGAUAAUGGACUUGGUGAAGGAGGAAGGUCACGAGUUCGAUAGCUUUGCUCUCGAAGUCUCUGUUCCUUCAACUAUCGUGGAGAAUGAUCGUGCCGUCUUAUUUUACCUUAAAGGAAAGUAUAAGAGUGAAGGUUGGGUGCAGAGCGAAAAGAUCUCUGUAAAGGAUGCCUUGAAAGUUCUAGUCUUGGAUCCUCUUAAAGCAUCGUUGGGUGCUAAAUCAGAUUCAAGCUCUUUUCACAUCCGUUUGACUUACUCUAAGGCAUCAGAUGAGGCUCAAUGUGCGUCUGAAACUACAAAGCAUGAGAGAAAGAAGAGGAAAACAGGCGAAGAGAAUGGAUCAACCUGUAUGUCCGAGAAUUCAUUUGAAAAGGUUUAUGAACCAUGCAUCUUGUCAGUUCACUGCAACAAGAUGCCUAUCUUUUUUAGUGGGAGAUACUUCAAAUACUCUAGAAAUGUAAGUCAAUCACGAUGGAUUAUUGAUGAUGAAAGAAUGGGUGAAGCGUCUGUUGAGGAGAUAAUUGGUGGAAAUAUUCUUCCAGCAUGCUUUGGGGAUUCCUACAAGUUCCAUGCUGCUGGCAGAGAAGAUAUUGAUGUACGAAUGUUGGGUUCAGGUAGACCUUUCUUAGUCGAGGUUCAGAACUCUCGAAAAUGCCCAUCCCAGGAAUCAUUGAUGGAAAUUGAAGAGAAGAUAAACAACUCAGAGAAAAAACUAGUCGGAGUUAAAGACCUUAAAUUCAUAGGAAGUCAGUGUUGGGCAAUGAUGCGUGAAGGAGAAGCAGAAAAACAGAAGCAAUAUGCUGCACUUGUAUGGAUUUCUCGUCCACUUGAAGAGAAAGAUAUCAACUCAAUUACUGCCCUGAAAGAAUUGAAAAUCUUGCAGAAAACACCAGUAAGAGUGCUUCACCGCCGAAGUCCAUUGGAACGUGAAAGGACUAUACACUGUAAGGGUCAGUCGUUGCUGGUUCCAAUCCUCAGGAUGAAAGUGGAAAAGAUUAAAGGAAGCUCUCACUACUUUCUACUGCAUCUAUGCACACAGGCUGGAACAUACAUCAAAGAGUUUGUUCACGGAGAUCUUGGUCGUACCAGUCCAAGCAUGGGAUCAAUUUUAGGAUGCAGGGCGGAGAUAAUACAACUUGAUGUCACUGAUGUCAAAAUGGGCGAUUUUUAAACUACCAACUCUCCACAAGCUCUCAUUUUUGUAGUUUUGAGUCCUACACAUUCAUUUCCUACCUUUAAAAUAUACUAGCUACUUAAAAUUAUAACGUGGAUUAUUUUAGUGGUUCAGUUCAAUUCUAAAAUGCGUCUACUCAAAAACAGUGUCGUAGUAUAUCUUUAUGACUAGCUGUAUUAGCUGAACACAGCACAUGUAGCAGUAUGUAACUGUAAUAAUCUCUGUCUGUUAACAAAACA